AGAGUGAAAGAAGAUUAAUACAAGUCUUUUACGGCAAGAUGUCUGUUCAGUUUAAAAGUAUCAACAGUCCGAUGACGCAGGAGUCCAUGAUCGGAAAUGAAGUAUUGCAUUCCGAUAGUGAUAUUGUCAUUACGGGCAUAUCAGGCCGUCUGCCCGAGUCAUCUAAUAUCGAAGAGUUUAAGGAGAACCUAAUGAAAGAAAUGGACAUGGUCAAUGAUGACGAGUGCCGUUGGCCGAAAGGACUUUAUGGACUACCAACCAGAUGUGCCAAAAUCAAGGACCUCAGUAGGUUUGAUGCCAAUUUUUUUGGAAUACCUCCCAAGCAGGCUCAUCGAAUGGACCCGAUGCUUCGAAAAAUGUUAGAAGUCACCUACGAGGCGAUAAUUGAUGCUGGCAUCAACCCCACGACCGUGAGAGGAUCGCGUACGGGUGUAUUCGUCGGUGUCUCUUUCUCAGAAUCUUAUGAAUUUUGGAUGAGAGAUUCAGAGGACAUAAAUGGAUACAGUAUGCUCGGAAGUUCUAAAUCAAUGUUUGCCAACAGAGUCUCAUUUUCAUUUGAUUUUACUGGACCUAGUUACUCGCUAGACAGUGCAUGUUCUUCGUCUAUGUACGGGAUUCAUCACGCUGUGAGCGCAAUACGCGCCGGCGAGUGCGAUGCUGCUAUCGUCGGUGGACUGAAUCUCAUCUUAAACCCGCAUACCUCACUUCAAUUUCACAAAUUGAAUAUGCUGUCUCAGGAUGGCAAAUGCAAAGCAUUUGAUGCUACGAGUGCCGGUUACGCGAGGGCUGAAGCGGUAGUGGCGAUAUAUUUGCAGAAAGCAAAGAAUGCGCGUAGAGUGUACGCGACGGUAAUUCGAACAAAGACAAAUAUCGACGGCUACAAACCCCAGGGUAUUACGUAUCCCAAUGGUGAAAAGCAGAUUCAAUUGAUGCGUGAUAUUUAUAACGAGGCAGGGAUUAAUCCCGCGGACGUGAGUUACGUGGAAGCUCAUGGUACUGGUACGGAAGUAGGUGAUCCAGAGGAAGUAAAUUCUAUCGACAAGUUAUUCUGCAAAGACAAAAAGACACCCUUGCUAAUUGGUUCGGUUAAAUCUAACAUGGGUCACUCGGAAGUAGCCAGCGGAUUAUGUUCGAUCGCCAAGGUAUUGAUCGCGAUGGAAGCAGGCGUGAUACCGGCAAAUUUGCACUUUAGUACUCCGAAUCCAAACAUUCCUGCCUUAAAAGAGGGACGUAUUCGAGUGAUCGACAAGGCCACACCGUGGAACGGUGGUCUUGUAGGCAUCAACUCGUUUGGCUUCGGCGGUGCAAACGCGCAUGUUAUUCUCCGUAGCAAUCCAAAACCAAAACUAUCACCGCUAUCAAAGAUCACCGAAUUGUUGCUGAAAUUGGUUGCUGUAUCAGGGCGGACCAAAGAAGCUGUACACAGCAUAUUAGAUCAAGCACGAAAGUACCAUAAUGACGACGAAUUUCUUUCACUACUACACUUAAUACACAAUAACGAUAUUUCCGGGCAUGAGAUUCGAGGUUACGAAAUACUUAACAUCAAUGAUACACGAGAAGUUACCGAGAGAACGAGUUAUAAAGUGAAACGACCAAUUUGGUUUGUAUUUUCCGGUAUGGGAACGCAAUGGCCAGGAAUGGGUCAUAGAUUGUUCGGCAUUGAAACUUUUCAACGUAGUUUACGACGAUGCGCGGACGCGUUGGCGCCCUUCGGCAUAGACCUUAUGAAUAUCACCAUGAACGCCACGGACGAAACGCUCGAUGUAAUAAAUUCUUUCGUAUCUAUCGCGGCUAUGCAGGUCGCCUUCGUAGAUCUUUUAAUGUCAAUAGGUAUAUCGCCAGAUGGUAUGGUCGGACACUCCGUUGGAGAAUUAGGUUGUGCUUAUGCUGACGGUGCAUUUACAUUGGAGCAAACUAUCUUAUCUGCUUAUUCUAGAGGCAAAGCGAUUAUGGAUUCUAAAUUGGAACCGGGUGCUAUGGCGGCAAUUGGUUUGAGUUGGGAGGAGGCCAAAAAAAUAUGCCCACCCGAUAUCACUUCUGCUUGCCACAACGCCGCGGACUUAGUCACUGUAUCCGGUCCGACUAAGUCUAUAGAAAAGUUUACACAAACGCUGAAGAGCAAAGAUAUCUUCGUCAAGAUGGUGAACAGUUCCGGCUUUGCUUUCCACAGCGAACACAUUGCCUCGGCCGGGCCAUUGUUACGCGUUUUGCUUAAUAAAAUUAUCCCGAAUCCAACGCAGAGAUCAGCAAAAUGGAUUUCUAGUUCCAUACCGGAGUCUGCAUGGGACAGUCCACUCGCGCAAACUAGCUCGGCUGCAUAUUUCGUAAACAAUUUGCUGUCUCCUGUGUUUUUUAAAGAAGCAAUUGCACAUAUUCCAGAAAACGCGAUAACAAUCGAAAUUGCGCCGCACUGUUUGCUACAGGCAAUUUUGCGACGAUCGUUACCACCAACGGUGACCAACAUCUGUCUCCAUAAACGCAAUCAUUUGGACAAUUUUUCCUUUUUGCUGUCUAAUGUGGGUAAGCUAUAUAUGGCUGGUGCGCAACCGAACAUCGCCAAAUUAUAUCCAUCAAUAAGUUUUCCAGUCGGUCGAGGAACACCGAUGAUUGGGCCCCUAAUCAAGUGGGACCAUUCAACCGCGUGGGAUGUCCCUAAUUUUAAUCAGAUAUCAAGCCACUCGGGAGAACAUAUAGUUAAAAUAGAUAUAUCAAAAGAAACAGAUGCAUAUCUAGCUGGACAUCAGAUAGACGGACGAGUGCUUUUUCCAGCCACGGGUUAUAUUCUGCUAGUAUGGAAAACUUUAGCGAAACUGCGUGGCACUGAUUUCGAACAUUUGCCUGUGAUAUUCGAGAACGUGUGGUUUCAGCGAGCGACUAUUCUGACGAAGGAGGGAACGGUAAAAUUCUUGAUAACCAUUUUUGAAGGAACGGGCGACUUUGAAAUCUGUGAGGCUGGUACAAUCGUCGUCAGCGGAAACGUUCGCGUGUCCAAGGCUAUCGAGAAAGAUCAAUUGAAUCUGCCACCACCAAUGCAGCCUGCUGACGAGAAGAUUUUGCCAUUGAAUGCUAAAGAUAUUUAUAAGGAAUUAAGACUAAGCGGGGGCGAGCAUCACGAUAUUUUUCAAGGAAUCAAAUCUUCCGAUAACUACGGUGUUAUCGGUCAACUGUACUGGUUUAAUCAAUGGAUUUCGUACAUAGAUACUAUGCUUCAGUUUAAUACAAUAUCUUUUAGACAUAGAUUAAUGUAUUUACCGACGCGUCUCCAAUACGCUGCGAUUGAUCCCGUUCUUCAUAAACGACUAGUAGAAGAAUUGCCAGAAGAUGGUGGAUUACCAGUGUAUUACUAUAAAAAAAUCGAUAUUGUUAAAUCGGGUGGUGUCGAGCUCAGAGGAGUAAAAUUUUCUAUAGGACAUCGACAACAGCAGACUCAAGCUAAUCUUUUAUAUGAACGGUACACUUUUGUGCCUUAUGAAAAUUCGUGUAAUCUUGUAGAAGAUGCAAAGAGAGGAAAAAUACACGCACUUACUGUCCUUUUGCAAAUUAUGUGUGAGAACAUAAUGGCAUUUAAACUGAAAAUCGUAGAGGUUGCAAGCAAACGAGCUGCAGAAGAUCUUUUGGCGCCGUUUAUAAUUGACAUUUUCAAUGAUGGACUCGGCUUGCCUAAUAUUGAUUUACAAGUGAUUGCAGAUUUUGCCGACAAUUACACAGAAAGUUUGUAUCGAAAGAACGUGAAUGUUAAUGUCGUAGUGCGAGAUGUAAAGAACGCGCCUCCCGCUAAGGAUGUGCACCUCGUUAUAGCGGCGAAUGUUCUGUCGAAUCAGACUUAUAUCCUUCUCAAAAACUUAGUGGCUGCCUUAAAACCUGGUUGUUUCAUUCUUCUGGAGGAAACUGCUGUGCAAUUGAAUUUGAAUACCGCGUUGAAGGAAACUGAUCUAACGUUGGCCGGAAAACAAAUUGAUCCGCUAGGAAAAACGUACUUGUUGUUGAAAAAACGGGAAAAAGGAAAAGAACCGAUGGUAAUACAAAUCACAGAAAAAAAUUUUUCGUGGCUGGAGGAUGCAAAAACAGCACUGAAAAAAUCUGAUAGCAAAGAUCAAGAAGUGCUUUUUAUAUCCCAGAACGAAGAAACACUUGGCUUAGUCGGACUCAUGACUUGUAUACGACGCGAGAUAGAAAGUUCAAUUGUGCGCUAUGUCUUCAUCCAGGACAAGAAUGCUCCCAAGUUUGACUUAUCCAUGCGGUUUUACGCAGAACAGUUAGACAAAGGACUGAUGGCCAAUGUGCUAAAAGCAGGGCAAUGGGGCAGUUAUCGACACUUACCUUUAGAUCAACAGAACAAUGAAUCCUGUCUACAGGUGGAGCAUGCUUAUGUAAACACAUUGAUGAGAGGAAACCUCAGCAGUUUAAGGUGGAUCAAAAGCCCAUUAAGUUACUACCGGCCUGACAAUUUUCCCCAUUUAAAGUUUUGUCACGUAUAUUACGCUUCAUUGAACUUCAGGGAUAUCAUGUUGGCGAGUGGCAAACUACCACUAGAUGCCUUACCACGAAAUAUGGCUACGGAAGAAUGUAUAUUGGGACUUGAAUUUUCUGGGAGAGACGCUGAUGGUCGUCGCGUGAUGGGAAUAGUUGAAGCUAAAGGAUUAGCCACUACUGUCGUAGCGGAUAUUGAUUUUCUUUGGGAGGUACCCGACAAGUGGAGUUUGGAACAAGCGGCAACAAUACCUGUCGCUUACGCAACUAGUUACUAUGCUCUGUUUAUACGGGGUCGAUUGAAGGCAGGCGAAAGCGUGUUAAUACACGCUGGUACAGGCGGCGUCGGUCAAGCAGCAAUUGCCAUUGCUCUGCAUGCUGGUUGUAUCGUCUUUACUACCGUUGGUACGCCGAGGAAGAGAGAGUAUCUCAGGAAAGUCUUUCCGCAGUUGAACGAGAGACACAUCGGCAAUUCUCGAGAUACAAGUUUCGAACAACUGAUACGUAUUGAGACACAAGGACGUGGAGUCGACGUCGUACUGAAUUCGCUGGCAGAAGAGAAAUUGCAAGCUGGCAUUCGAUGUCUCGCGUACGGUGGCCGUUUCCUUGAAAUUGGCAAGUAUGAUUUGUCGAACGACAGCCGUGUAGGAAUGUCAAUGUUUUUGAAGAACACAUUUUUUCAUGGUAUAUUGUUGGAUGCGCUAUUCGAAGAAGACAGCGCGGAAAAAAAGGAACUGAUAAAACUCGUUUCGGAGGGAAUCGAAAAUGGCGCAGUACGUCCGCUCCAAUCAACUGUCUUUUUAGAACAACAGCUUGAGCAGGGAUUCAGAUUCAUGGCGACAGGCAAACACAUCGGCAAAGUGCUACUGAAAAUUCGUGACGAGGAACCAAAGAAGCGGGUGUCACCAACGCCGAAGACAGUAGCCGCGAUUCCCCGUACUUACAUGAAUCCGGAGAAAUCAUACGUCUUGGUUGGCGGUCUCGGUGGGUUUGGCCUAGAACUGGCCAACUGGAUGAUCAGCCGCGGCGCCAAAUUCAUUGUUCUCGUAUCACGCUCAGGCAUACGCACCGGUUACCAGGCAUUGUGUGUGCGUCGUUGGCGCGAGAACGGCAUAAAAAUCGUUAUUUGCACAGAGGAUGUUACGACAUUAUUGGGUGCUCAACGCUUGAUCCAAAAAAGCAACCAAAUGGCUCCGAUAGGCGGUAUAUUCAAUCUGGCAGCCGUUCUACGUGAUGCUCUCAUCGAAAAUCUGGAAGAAGCCGAUUUCAAAACGGUUAUUUCACCGAAAAUUAAUGUUACAAGAAAUUUAGACUUGGUAUCGAGAAAGCUGUGCCCAUCGUUAGAUUACUUUGUGGUGUUUUCGUCUAUAUCAAGCGGUCGCGGUAAUGUUGGUCAAACCAACUACGGUUUUGCAAACUCGGCUAUGGAGAGAAUGAUGGAAGAGAGACAUAUUAAUGGUUUACCUGGUCUCGCUGUUCAAUGGGGUCCCAUCGGAGACGUUGGUUUACUCAUGGAACUGACGAGAGGACGUAACGACGUCGAGAUAAACGGUACUAUUCCACAACACAUAUCGAGUUGCCUCGCAACAAUGGAUAUAUUCCUUCAACAAUCGCAUCCGGUGCUGGCUUCUUCGGUAUUAGGUAAAAAAUAUAAAUCCGACGAUGGUAACAAAACCAAUCUCGUCACAACCGUUGCCAAUGUUUUAGGCAUUACAGAAGUUGAUUCGAUUGAUCAGAAUAACAUUUUGGCCGAUUUAGGUAUAGAUUCACUAAUGAGCGCAGAAAUAAAACAGAUUCUUGAGAGAAAUUACGACAUUGUGUUAUCGACGCAAGAAAUCCGUGCCUUAAAUAUUGCUAAAUUGCAAGAAUUAUCUUUGACGGACAACGAGAAAGAUAACAUCCCCUUAUAAUGUUUGUGGCCUUGUUAGGUGUGCAAGGGAAAUUGAUUACUCUCCGCAAGCGUUUCGUAGUCAAUGACUCUGGUAAUAGCUGGGUGGUCCUAUCUUGUGGAGCACGGCCAAUACGAAGUAAAAGUUAUCGUAAUUACAAAAAUAACGGGUUUUCAAGCAAAAAUGUAGGUUUACUUAUUCCCUAAUUACAAAAUUUUGUUAUUAGUACUCGAAUUUUAUUAUUGAAAUCAAGUAUAACGCAGAAAACAACGAAAAAUUUGAUUUAUAAUAGCUUUUAUAAUGAAAGAGAGAGAAAGAGAUAGAGAAAGUAGUUUUAUUUUGGUAAAGCUUUCUACCAUUUUUUAAAUCUAUUUUUAGCAAUUUGAAUCAAUUUAAUCACUCGUUUUCCAUAAAAUCACGAUUAAAUUUAUUGCAAACUAAAAUGCUUGUAACUUUUGAUUACUUCACUGAGUCGAUUUAGAAUGUUUUUUUUUUAUCAAUCUUGAAAUGUAUAUAAGAACGGUUUGUAAAAUUUUUCAAUUUUUAAUGUUAAAUUCCUAAUGUUUAAUAAAUAAUUCUGUUAAACAUCUUUAAAACCUUCUUUAUUUUUUAAAAUCAAUGUUGGAAUAAGUGUUUUUAAUUGUUGGAUUCUGAAAAAAGUAUAAUAUACGUCUGUAACGUAAUAUAAAUCUAUAACGGAAUAUAUAUCUGUAACAAAACAUGACAAAUUAUUAUUAAAAAAAUUAUAUAUAAUUGAAAAAUUAUAUAAAAAUUAUAUAAAAGUUUUUUCUUUGAAUAAUUUACAACUUUAAUUAAUCUUGGAAUGCCUUUUUUAUUGAUAUGUUACAACAAUUAGCAUGCAAGGGUUACACUGAUUUAAAAAUGUUACACCAAUGCUCAUUCGCUUUUUAGUAUUAAUUAUAUCAGAGAAAUAGAACCGGCCGCAUUCUUAGAAGACAAUUUCAGAAAACUCUGAACUGUAAAAAGAUACGCUGCGAACGAUGUCGUUAAACUUCUCAAAAGAAUUAAAAUAUUACUAGCGUUUGAUUGUCACAAGAAAUUGUUCAAAGAGUCUACAUUUUUCAUAUUAAACGGCACGUUGAUUUAGUGCGAAAUAAUUUAAUUUGUUAACGUGAAAAUGCUGAUGCAAAAUGACUUUUGCUCUUGUAUGAAAAUCUUUAUCAAAAUAUUGAAAAUAUGAUUAUCUUUCUUUUUAAAUUACGUAGAUUUAAUGUAGAUGUAAUGUAAUUUAUGUAAAUGCAAUGUAAUUGAUGCUUGAUUACUAAAUGUUUCAUCAGACUGUGGGCUGUAUUAAAAUAAUUUUUACUUUAAAUUUUGUUUCUUGUGUGGGAAUAAAAAUAUGUAUUAUCUGCUUUAAGAAUA